AUGCCGACCACCUGGGAGGCUGAGGCGGGUAGCCGACAACUAGAAAUUCUCCACAAAGGCCGCAGUAAGCGAAUCUCGACUCCACCCUUGACCCCAGUAGCCGCCUGUAAACCACCCAUAACUUUCUCCACACCACGCCCUUGUCACAGCCUUAUCUCUCACGCAACCACAUGGUACCAUCGUCCGCAAGCCUGCUUCAACUGCGUCUUUGUCUCCUGUAAAGGGUAA